AUGUCUGUUCCAAGUCCAAUUAUAGUUCUUGUGGGCGGUGGUCAUGCAGCUGGAAAACAUACAGCUAAUAAACUCCUCGUAGAAGGACUUAACGGUAGGGGCAUCACUGAUUCACACCCAGUACAUUCGAUCAAUAUGGAUGAUUACGUUAAGAAAUCUGAUGGUGAUUCUUGUAAGAACAAGCCUUCGCGUUUUGAUUUCGCUAAGUUGAAGACCGAUAUUUUCGAGCUUCCUCUGAAUAGUAUAGUUAUUGUUAUUGGACUCUAUGCACUCUACGACAAAGAUCUUAGAAGUGUAGCACAGAUUAAAGUGUUCAUUGAUAGUGAUCCAGACACGAGGCUAAUCCGUUGGAUUAAAAGAGACAUAGUAAAUGAGGACCCUAACAGUGACCCCUCUCUCUCCACCACUUCAAAUUUGGAAACUGUAUUGAAUUUGUAUAUAAAUGGAGCUAGAACUGAAAUGACAGACUAUAUAUUUCCUACUAAAGAAUUCGCAGAUGUCAUUUUGCCGAGAGGAGUUGAGCAUCAGUCAGUCAACUUGUUGAUCGAUGGGAUCCAGCCAUUAUUGAAUAUCAAACCGACUCAUGGCAUAACGAGAAAUAUUCUUAGACCGAAGACCUUCAGAAAAGAAAAAUUUGAUAAUGAAAAGGGAAAAUUCUACGAACUUAAUUAA